UGACCUAAUUUCUGAGCAAUUUUGGCUUUCUGGCACAUGUUGUGAAUGAAGAUUGAAAGAUGUCAUGCGAAAGAUGCUAUGAGCGUGAGAGCACGCUCGAGUGCAGAACAUGUGCUGGUCAAGGUGAAGAACCUGUUAAGUAUUGUGAGGAAUGUAGCAAGACUGUACACUUUGGACGUUUGGGCAAUCACCAUCUGAUGUCCACAGAAAUGAAGAAAAAGAAAGAAGAUUUACAGACAAAGAUAGGAGAAUUUUCAAGUUUGAAGGAACAACUCGAGAUCAGGAUAGAAGAAUUUAAAGUCAUGGUCCACAACCUUAAUGAUAAAAAUUGGAAGGCAGAAAGAAGUAUAAAACAGAUGGUCCAAGAAGCACAACAGAGAAUAAAGCUUAAGGCCAAGGAUGUGAUCAAACAGUUCAAAGAUACCACCAGUGAAAAAAUCUCUAAAAUUCAGCAGUGCCAAAACAUGUGCCAAGAAUGGAUUCAAAAUGUGUCUAAAGUGAGUUUGGAAAGUGCCCAUUUUAUGGAACAGCACCCGUUUAUGUCAGAAGAAGAAGAAUCUAAAAUGGAAGAGUUUAAAAAUUCUCUAGUAACAUUUGACUCUGAUGUGCUUGUGGAAAAUCUGCCUUCCUUAGAUCUGGGACUGGAGUUGAAACAGGAGGUAGUAUCUCAUAUCAUGGAAGCCAUUGAUGGCCUGAAGGCUGUUGAGGUUCACAGUGAAACAAAUUGUUCAGACUUGAAAUUUGAUACAGAGCCACCACAAGAAGGAGAUACAAUGUCUGUGUAUGUGAACAGUCUCCUCAGUAAACAUGGCCACUUCUGGGUACAGCCAGACUUCUCCAAGCAUGCCUGGAAUACUCUGGAGAAGAUGUGCAUAGCGAUUAGAUUUGCAUUUAUAAAACACCAAGACUGGCAGACGUAUGCACAGAUGGAUCCAGAGCCACCAGAAGUUGGACAGCUGUGUUUUGCGCGCUUCAGUGCAGACAACAUGUGGUACAGAGCUAGAGUGGAAGAGCUUCCUGUUGGAAAAGCAAAGAAAGGAGCUAUGGUGCGUUUUGUAGACUUUGGUAACCUUGAGUUCGUACCCUAUUGUUUUCUUCUACCAUACAGAGAUGGUGUUUUGCCUGAAUUGCCCCAUCAGGCCUUGGAAUGUUGUCUCUUUUCUCCAAGCGAAGAACAGGAACAACUCCCAACUGAUGCAAGGUGGUAUUUCGGAGACAGGGUCAAAGGAGAGCAACUUGGAUGUCAGAUCAAGGAAAAGGUGACAGCUGACCAUUCAGAUGUGUGGGUGGUUAAUCUAUACUUAAAUGGAGAAGAAACUAGCAUAAAUGAAACAAUUCUAAAGAAAAUUGAGGAGAACAAGCAGGUGAAAAGUGAAGGAAUCAUGUGCCGAGAUAUUCGUCUGCUAGAAAAGAAAGAAGACGAGGCAGAUGGUAUUGUAAGUAUACGUCACACUGUGAAUGGGUCAGCAGAUGCUGUAAAAGACGAUGAUGUAGAUGCUGAGCCCUCCAAUACUAGCAUUGAACAAUGUCAGUCAGAGGAGGUGGACUCUAUGCCAAUGCUGGCUUCUAUUGAAUCUAACAGCGAUGACAAUACUGCAAUUCAAAGUGCUGCUUCAGCCAUACAGGAUGCAGAGAAUAUUACUCCGCCCUCUGAAAGUGCAAAGGAACAAGAAAUUUCUCAGUGUGCAUCUGAUUUGUCUGAAAUAGCAGAAGAUGCUGAGCCUCCAGUAUCUGACUUACAUGUAUCAAACUUUGAUGAAGAAGAAGAAGUAUCUCCUGUAUUACCUGUGGAUGUAGCAGAAAGGCCACCAAUAUCUACAGUUUCUGAUGAACCAGAUGUACAAGAAUCUCACAUGAUCAACAUAGAGGAAGAGGAGGAAAAACAGCUGGACAUAGGUGAAAGCAAUUCUCAUAAUGGGGCCUUUGUGGAUAAAGCCUUCUCACAAACAGACAAGAUGGCUGCAACAUCAGAAAAUUAUCCAAAACUUCAAAACAUUCAAAUGGUGAAAGAUGCUACUUUUAAACUGCGGGUAACCAGCCCCCUGUGUGUAGACGGCACAUUCCAAGUGUCCCUCAUUUAUAACCAGGAAAUAAGGGAAGAGUAUGAUAGGUUCCUGGAGGACAUGAGUUCUCAUGCAGAGCAGAGCCAGCCAGUAUGUGACAACGUGUCUAUGGGACAGUUGGUUGCGGUGCAGUAUGAAGACAGGUGGCAGAGGGGGAUGAUGAAAGACCACGAUGUUGGACAGGGCUACGUACAAAUACAGCUGGUAGAUGAUGAGGGCCAGGUUGAACUCAUCAACAGGGAAACUAUCAGACUGCUUACAGAUACAUACAGCCUGCUGGCUCCUCAGUCUGUAAAGUGCAGCAUAUCCAAAGAGGAAUGCCCUGUUUUCUCUCAUCAGGCGAGAGAUACGUUUAAAGCUUUAGUUGAAGGGAGUGAACUUUCUGCCUUUGUGACAAAAGUCGUGCCAAAUAUCCAGACUUAUGUUCAACUUUACAGUGGUCAUGUAGACAUCACGCAGCAGCUUUAUGAUGCAGAGCUUUCAAAUGUUCAGGAAAACCAUACAAGUCCAGACUCCACAAAUGGAGUAGAAGUGCCUCACCAGCAGAACAACUUGAUGCUAUACGCAGAGAGAGAACCAAGGCCAUUGCUGGGUGCAGGACAGCAAAACCUGCCUGCAUCUGCAUGGCUGGAUGCAGGGGCAGCGCCUUUUAUCCCUGCGGAACAGACAGGACCACAUGCACCACCUGGUGGACAUUACCCUGGACCACACCUAGGACCUCACCCUGGCCCUCUCCAUCCUGGGGCACACCUGACCAGAUUGCCUUUUCACCUGCCUCCUCCAAAUAUGAACCNUGGACCACAUGCACCACCUGGUGGACAUUUCCCUGGACCACACCUAGGACCUCACCCUGGCCCUCUCCAUCCUGGGGCACACCUGACCAGAUUGCCUUUUCACCUGCCUCCUCCAAAUAUGAACCAUAACAUGCCACAUAAUUUCCCCACUCUCCUAGAGCAGGGACUCCGCAUGCAGCAACUGCAGUUAUCAGCUCAUGAUUCUCGUGAGUCUGGUGCACCUAGAUUUAGAUCACCGCCUCAGAUCUACAGGGGGGAUGAAGGCUCAGCACAUCGCAGUCCACCUCAACAGAACACAGAGCGGUUCCCAUCUGACAUUAGAGGUGGCGUGGUUACACAGGCACGAGAGGGAAACCCCGCGCACGGAGAUCAGUAUCAAGAUAUGCCAGACAGGUGCUACACCACACCCCCUGCUAACUGGCAUCGAGACAGGAACCUGCAUAACACCACCAGAGGGCAGGGUGAUCAUCAGCAAGAUGGGGGAGACGGAUAUGAUGACAGUGUGUGGGAUGAGGAUAACAUGCCUUCCUUCCCAUUUGAUUUGAAUUCCUCGCCAUCAUCUGUAACGAGUGACUUAGGACCUCGCGCUUUGAUGCCUGGACAUCCUGAACAUGUCCCCAGGAGUAGAGAUUUGGAGAGCAGGGACCUUAGCAAUUUCAGGUGCUUUGGCUGCCAUAAAUUAGGCCAUGUUCAGCGUAACUGUCCACUAAAGAGAAGUGCAGGCUUCCACAAGUAUAAGAGCAAAGGGAAACGCCACUAACUUGGAGAGUUCAAGUGGAACUCCAUUCCACAGGGCUUAUGAAAACGAGACAGAGCUCAAGCAUAAGAAUUCUGUCUCUUCUUUUUCUACUUAUAGAGUUAGGUAUAAUUUCAGUGACACUGGGUACUUUGUCAUUUAUAUCAUCAAGUUGUUAAGUUGAUACGUAUGCUCAUUCUUCGCUAGAGAAAGCAUAUUUAAUCUAGAGAUGGUGUUACCUACAGUGUUUGAAGAACAUCACUUUAUUGUACUUCUGGUUAAGAAGAGUAUUUAGAGAGAAUUAUUCAAGUUUAUUCAUUUUUACCAUAUGGUGAUAGCAAAAAUAUUGAUAGAAAAGGAAAUUUAAGGAUAUCUGUAUGGCAUUUGUAUUUUGCAGUGGCCAACCAUUUAUCAUAAAUUGAAUGAUAUUGAUUUUUUUCUUCUUUUUUUUAAUGGAGAAUAGCAAAACUGAUUUUUCUGUUAUUUCUUCUUUUCUUUUUAUCAAAUUGAAAGUGAAAGAACUGUGUAAUAAGAAUAUAUUUGACUUUACUUGGAAAUGGACAAAAUGUUAUUUUCCAUGGCUAUGUUUCCCUGGUUUUGUUGUGAACAUGCAUUUCUGGUCUUGUUGUGGACAUACAGUUCUGGUUUUAUUGUGGAGAAACGGUUGUGGUUUUGUUGUGGACAUUCAUUUCUGGGUAAGUGCAUUCCAUUCUGGUCAUAAUUUGAGAUGUUUUGUAUUCCAAGAGUCAUUGACCUUAUGCUGAUGAAUUUGUUCUGUACAAGCUGUACACUUUCCCCACUUAUAAUUGUUUUGUAUUGGUGCUUAAUAUUAAUGCUCAAAAUCAGUAUUCUCAUUGUGUGAUCUGAUUUUUUUUUCUAUUUGAAUUUCAUAGUUUAGGUAUAACUGUUCUUUUGAUGUUCAGGUAAACUGUUUCACAAGUCAGCAUUGCUACCAAGUACACAUGAUAUUAUCUAAAAGCCGUCAUAGAUUUUAAGUUGAUAUCAGUACUUCUGCUAAUUGUUCAAGGUUUUUGUUUUCUAGUUUAAUGUGUACACUUGCUUUGUCCACAGUAGUGCAGUUGUUAUUGAGGAGAGUGUUGAAGACAUUUGAUUGAACUUACAUUGUAAAAAUGUUAUAUGUAACUUUAUAUUUUAAUACUUUGAUAUUAGUUUGUAAUAGUGCUUUUUUUGGUAUUUUAGUAAAUAAAUGCACUCGAACGA